AUGUGCGGCAUCUCCGUGAGCAUCCGCCUCGACCGGCGCCAGACUGGCCGUGCGACAGGAGCCGCAUGCCAACAAGAGACCCGCACCAAGCUCGAGACCCAACUUAGCAAGAGCCUCGACCUGAUCGCCCACCGCGGCCCCGACGCCAAGGGCAUCUGGAUCAACGAUGACGCCUCUGUCGGCCUGGCACACAAUCGGCUCUCCAUCAACGACCUGACCCCGUCCGGCACGCAACCGCACCACUCGUCCGACGGCAACCUCCACGCGGUCGUCAACGGCGAGAUCUACGACGAAGGCGACGCCCUGCGCACGCGGCUCGCCACCGAGCACGGCUACGCCUUCCACUCGCACGCCGACACCGAGCUUGUGCUGGCGCUGUACAGCGCCUACGGCGCCCCCGCGUUCCUGGACCAUCUGCGGGGCGAGUUCUCGCUCGUGCUGUACGACGAUCGCGACGGCGGGCGGGUGAUCGCUGCGCGGGAUCGGUUCGGCAUCAAGCCGCUCUUUUGGACCAUCAUUAAGGAUGAGGAGGACGGAGAGGAAGGCGGCGGCGGCGGCGGCGGAGAAAGGCUGCUGAUUGCGGCCGAGGCCAAGGCAUUUCUUGCGCUCGGGUGGCAGCCGGAAUGGGAUGUCGGCGCCAUUGUGGAGGGUGUCUGGCAGGUCGGCGAAAGGACGCUGUUCAAGGGGGUGCAGAAGGUGUUGCCCGCCUGCUGGAUGGAGGUGGGGCGCAAUGGUAACAUGGUGCAGCGGCGGUACUGGGAUAUGGAGUAUCGGGACAAGCGGGAACGGGAGGUGCGGUCGGUCGAGGAGAUGGUGCUCGGUGUCCGGGAGAAGCUGACCGAGGCGAUCCGUCUGCGCUUGAGAGCCGACGUCCCCGUGGGCAUUUAUCUGUCGGGCGGCAUCGACUCUUCGCUGCUGGCGGGGAUCGUGACACACCUGGUGAGGGACGACGGCAUCCGGAUCGGGAACAGGGACGCGACCAGCCGCAUCUGCUGCUUUUCGAUCGAGUUUCCAAGCGAAGGCCACUUCGACGAGUCCGAGAUUGCUGAACGGACGGCGAACCACCUCGGGGUGCAGAUCCUCAAGAAGCGCAUGGACGAGGCCACGCUUGCCGAGAACUUUGCGGACUCGGCCUACCACUGCGAGCACCACAACUUUGACCUCAACAGCGUCGGCAAGUUCUGCCUGUCGACCGUACCACGCGAGAACGGCUUCAAAGUAGUGCUCACCGGCGAAGGCUCGGACGAGCAUUUCACCGGCUACCCCUUUUUCGUGCCCGACUUCCUGCGAGAGCCUGACCUAGCCAUGCCAGACACCGAGCUGUCCAAGAACUCGGAGCUGCGCGAAAGGCUGCAAGAUAAGGCGCGGAAGGACUUCGACAUCUUGCUCCGCGCCGGCGCCGGCUUUUUCCAGCACGGAUCCGACUUUGGCGAGACCUUCCGCGCCGUCAACGACGUCAGUGUCAUGGGCUGGGCCGCAGUGUUUCAACCAUCCCUUCACCUGUUUGCGCCCUGGGUGCGGGAGAAAUGCGCCGGAGUGAACGUCGCAUUGGCCGAGAUCAACGAGAUGCCGGCCGAGGCGAAGGAGAAGAUCCGCGAUAAAUGGCACCCGCUGCAUUCCUCGCAGUAUCUGUGGAGCAGAUCGAUGCUGGCCAACAACCUGCUGACGUGCCUGGGCGACCGCACCGAGAUGGCGCAUAGCAUCGAGGCGAGGCCACCGUUCCUGGACCACGUGCUCUCCGAGUACCUGAACGCCCUGCCGCCGAGUGUGAAGCUCGCAUACACGCCGCAGAUGCAGGAUUCAGACCGCAGUGGGGGCUUGCCCUGGGCCGGGACGCGGGAGAAGUUCAUCACAGACCUCUUCACGGAGAAGUGGAUCCUCCGGGAAGCCGGGAAGCCGUACAUCACCAAGGAACUGUACGAGCGAAAGAAGCAGCCGUAUGUGGCUCCCAACAGGUGGCCAAAGGAUGGGCCGCUGCACAACAAGCUGAGAGAGAUCUGUACGAGGGAAGCGGUUGAGCAGCUCGGGUUUGUAGACUGGGAAAUCGUACGACGAGCGUUGGACACAGCGUUCGGCGAGGGCGCAGAUGGCGCGUCAUUCAGGGUGUUGCUCGUCGUUGGAGCCUGGGUGACGUUGAGUGAGCGGUUUGGCAUCAAGCGGGCGGAGCUGUAA